AUGAUUAGCGCUCCCCUUGAAAAUGAAGAGGCCCAUCCUCUGAGACUGAGAGUGAAGGGUUUAAUGAACCAACGACGCUCUCCCAACAAUGAGGUGGUCCCUAAUGAUAAACAACAUAAUCCAACCAUUCAGAGGCCAGUUCACUCACUCAGGACACAGGAGAAAGACAUAGCAGCCACAGGCUUCCAGCGCUUCCUCAAUUUCCUCAAUGAAGGUGUGGACCUCAACAAGCUCUCAAAGAUAGUCAACGACGAAAAUGAGCUACUCAUUGUGGGCGAGGAGCUACCACAAGUUUGGCCGACUCUGCUCGAGGGUCAUGUUGACUCCAGCAGUAGAUCCAAGUCUUCUCCAGUUGAGGAGAAGAAGGUGAGGCUUGAGGAUGAGCAGCGAUAUGAGCGGAUGCAAACCCUGCUGGAGAUUGUUGGGCUGGACUUGGGGGUUGAGGAGUUGGGUCGGCUGACAGACAGGACCAAUGAUAGGCUAUAUGGAAAGAUGGGAGACUUGAAAAGGGACAGAGCCAGAGAAGGGGAAAGUCCUGCGAGAGAGAGAUGCAGGCAAAGAUGCUCUAGUACCAGAGACAAGGACAGAGGAAGAGACAGAUCUGAGAGAAAUCGAAAGGGAGACGGGCACAGACACUCUAGUACCAGAGAGAGAGACAAGGACAUACCGGUAGUCAGAGAAACAAACAGAUCAGAAAGGAACAGAGAUGAAGACUGGGACAGAGACUCAGAGAAGGACUGGGACGGAGGCAGAGAGAGAUCCCGGGACAGAUCUAGGAGAGACGGGAGCAGAUACAGAUCUGAGAGAGACGGGGACAGAGACCCAGAGAAAAGCAGAGACGGAGGCCGAGAGAAAGACCGGGACAAAGUGAGAGACCGGGACAGAUACAGAUCUGAGAGAGACAGAAAACGAGGGAGAGCCAAGGAUAUAGACAGGUGGCUGCAAAGGACCAGAGACGGAGACAAACGUUCUAGGACCAGAGACUGGGACAGCGAGAGAUCUGAGAGGGAUAGGUAUGGGGAUGAGUCCAGGGAAAGCUCCAUUGAGCUCUACUCAUACUCCAUGACCACUGAAUUCCCUGUUUCUCAUCCCCAUUCAUCUAUGAUGGCUACCUACUCUCCCACCCAGUACUCUCAGUUUAUGACGUACCACAGCAGCCCCUACACCAUGGCCUUCCCUCCGGGGUGGGGUUAUCUCACCCUGGCACCAUGCCCCUGGCACCAUGCCCCCUGGUAUUAUGCCCCCUG